CCCUGCACUGAGGCGGAGGGAAGCGACCGGCGGGUUUCAGUGGAUCCACACCACUUCUCUGCACUGGGGGAAGAAAACAAGUCGGAACAGUUUCAGAUCUGUCUACUUUCUGCUCUGAUUCAGAUCGUCUCAUGGGAACAAACCUGCACUUUGCUAUACAGGCGUGAAAUGUAGCGAAGACUCUGCGGGGUGAAAUCGAGUUUUCCGAUUAUUAUACAGACGCGUGAAUGUAGCUCCAGACCAGAGAAUCAAACAGUUUUUAAUUUAAUCAAGAUGCAGCCUUAAACUCACCGCUUCACACCGUGGGAAAUUAAUUUUCAGUGCAACUCCUGUCAACAUGGAAAGCUACACUCCGUAAACCAGCAGACGAGAUGGGGAAAUGGGAGUUAACCAUGAACCCAGUGCAGGAGUGGGGCGAGGAGGUUGAGGAUGGUGCAGUUUAUGGGGUCACUCUACGUCGUGAGCCCGUCCCAUCUUCCCCCAAACCCAAUGAGAUGAGUCCAUGCUCUGGGUUCGUCCAGUACCGAACCUGCAAGGUGCGGCGUCUGAAGGCCGCCAGCCUGGACCUGCUGGUGAAUCACCUCUUCGACUGUCGCUGUCAGGAGCAGGAUUACAGCAGGAUCUUCCUGUCCACGUACAGAACCUUCACCAGCACCACAAAACUCAUUGAGAUGCUCUUCCAGAGAGACAGUGUUUCCUCAGAUCUGGAUAACAGUGAAUCCUACAGGAGCCCCCUGUUGGCCUUUGUCCAGUUAUGGUUGGAUGAGUACAGCGAGGACUUCAGGGACCCUCCCAUCCACCCGGCGCUCAGGCUGCUCUUGGAUCACCUGAGGAUCAGCUCCGCGGUGCAUGACAACAUGCGCAGCCAACCCAACUUCUGUUCGCUGGCCGGGCAAGCUGAGGUGCUGCUCAAGAGUUUGCAGAAAGAAGCAAUUGCAUCAAAUUCUGCUUCGACAGAUCUUGAGCAAGAUGAGGAGUUGUCCGGUGACGAGGAUUCAGGAUGUGAAAGCUCUUUGGAUCAAGGUGGUCUAAUGGAUUUCGUUGCUGCAGCCAUUGCUGAAGAGUUCACCCGAAUAGACUCUGCUCUGUUUGUCAAAGUGGUACCGUACCAGUGUCUGGGUUGUGUGUGGUCGCAAAGGGACAAGAAAGAAAACAUGUCUCCCACCAUCCGAGCCACAAUUGCGCAGUUCAACGCCGUCACCAACCAGGUCAUCAUGUCCCUGCUCUGCCAGCCUGCAGACGCAAGUCCCACCUCCUCCAGGAUGCCUCCCACCUCACCACAACAAAGGGCUCGAAUCAUAGAGAAGUGGAUCAAAGUAGCGCAGGACUGUCGUCGGCUGAAGAACUUCUCCUCUCUCAAGGCCAUCCUGUCGGCCCUUCAGUCUAAUGCCGUUUACAGGCUGAGGAAGACCUGGGCUGCCGUCAGCAGGGAUAGCAUGGCCACGUUUGAUAACCUCUGUGAGACCUUCCCUGAUGAGAACUGUGUUCUGACUAACAGAGAGCUUCUGGUAGAGGAUGGAAGCCAAGCGGCUGUGGAUAACGUUUCUCCAAAGAUAUCCAAGAGUUGUCCGCUCCCCAGACAGAUGAGCGUCUCCAGUGGAGUGAUUCCUUACCUGGGCACCUACCUGACCGUCCUCACCAUGCUGGACACUGCACUGCCAGACACUGUGGAGGGUGGACUCAUAAACUUUGAGAAGAGGAGGAGGGAGUUCGACGUUCUGUCACAGAUCCGAGUGCUGCAGGCGUCCUGUUCCCAGUACAGCCCCCCCACCACCCCAGAGUCGCCCUGGCUGCAGGGACACCGGCUGCUCUCUGAUCAGGAGAGCUACGAACUGUCCAGACAGCUGGAGCCUCCCGUGGAUUUAUGCUCACCAACUGCCUGGAGCCACCGCACGCUCACUAAGAAGCUCUCCUCUUUCCUCUCAGUGACUGAUGGACCCAAGAAAGUCCCUGCAGACCAGAUCAGCGUUUCAUCGUCUGGAUCCAGUGGAUCUGAGAUGGAGGAUGUCUCCUCUCCAAACUCAGCCUGUUCCAUCAGACUGCAGUCCUUCCACAGCUCUUACACCAAUGUGUCCGAGGCCUUCUCUCCCUCCUCGUCCUCGCCCUGCUCCUCGGCUGAUUCUCCAGACGUAUCGUCCAGUUCGUCCUCUGACUGCGUUCCCGACCUGUGCUCCGGAGCGUUGUCCUGUGGCGGUGCUCAUCCGAAGCCUCCUCUGGCCUCCCAACACAAACGCUCCGUGUCCAUGACCUCCCUCCCCGUUUAUAACCGCCAGGUGGCCGACUCCUGCAUCGUCAGGGUGAGCGUGGACCUGGGACACAACAACGGCAACAUGUACAAAAGCAUCCUGUUGACCAGUCAGGACAAAACCGCUCACGUGAUUCAGAGGGCGUUGGAGAAGCAUCACCUUGAAGACAUGAACUGGCAGGACUUCACCCUGACGCAGGUCAUCUCCCAUGAAAGAGAGCUGCUCAUACCAGACAAAGCGAACGUCUUCUAUGCCAUGUCCACGACGGCUAACUUUGACUUUGUUCUGCGCAAGUACCACAAAGGCCAGAAGAAACCGCUGAGGGCUACUUCUAGUCUGGGACGAUUCACAAAGUAACACCUCUGAUGUAGAAAUUCUGUGACUUCCGGAUGAACUGAGGACUUGAGGUGCUUCUGGAAAAGAGGCUUUAUUUUAGCAGUUGUUUUCUGUGAUCCUUUAUUGGAUCCUAAAAGGGCUGAAAACAUGAUAUGGAAACUGUCGAAAUAUUGCAAAAGCACUUUAUGAAGAAGAAUACCUAGCUCAACAGGGACUAAUGGAGCAUAAAAACACGUGCUGUUGGGAGCCCAACAAAUGUAUAAAAAAGUCAUUCCUUUCCCAGGAGUGUGUUGGUAGAUAAUGACUGGUACUAGUCCUCGCUGCUAAUAAUUCUGUGGAGCUCGCAAAGAACCGGCUCCCUCCCAGGACGCGACAUGUGCCGACAUCGGUGACCUAUUUCUCCAAGGACAUUGACUAACGACUGGCCGCUUCCCAACGCAGCUGGACGCCUUUAAUAACCCGUGUGUUAAAAAGGGAAUCGAGGUCAGCUGCUGCGUGCGGCGGGCCGUAAUGAACUCACUGGGAGGCCGACAGCGUUGGAGACGAGGUCACUGUCGCUGCCGUCUGAGGAGUGGGCGGGGACGUUCUCACCGGAGAUGGCUGCGUACCCUGGGAGCUUCAGACCGGCUCCUCCGGCGUUGCUGUGAUACUCGCCGUGUGCGGCUGGCAGCCCCGACCGGAAGGAUGGCAUUCCUGAGGCUGGGUAACCGCGGUGACAGCAACAGCAGCAGGGACUUUGAUUGACUGGAGUUGAUGUGCACACGGCUGCUGCAUAGGCGGACUGUGCUUUCAGUGUUAGUGUCAUGCUUUUAGAGUGUAGAUUUCACAAUGUUUAGUAUUUAUUUCACUCCACUGUGAUUCACUUUUGACUGCACCUUUUUUGUUCGUAGGAAAAUAAAAAAAAUCUAAACGCACUGUUUUUUUUGAAACAUCUACCAUUAGCGUGAUUGUAAAUAUUUUAGUGAUGUUUUAUUUCUUGAUGAAUCCUGAGAAUAUUUAAAAUGUUAACGCGACAAUAUUCUUUUUCUUUUUAAAAAUUGUAUUAAACAAAUUUAGUUCUGACUUGUGAAGACCGGAUGUAACUAACUGUGCUCGAAUGCUUGAUUGAAAGCCUCAUGAGGGUUUCAGUGCAGAUGUAAUCAUUUCAGUCAGCUCACGUCAAGACUCUGGUCGAUAAUGAUCAUAUGUUCGGACAGAGGAGUUACACAAGGAGUAGACUCGCUAGUUUUACCACUAAGAGGUCUACUUGGAAGGUCUGGGAGUGGAGAGCCUUGCUCAAGGGCACAUGAGUGAAUGAACAGACAUCUGUGGACCUGUUCUGCCCACAUUAUCUCUGGAAACACUUUCUGGAUGACUCUCUUCUCCUGACACUGCAGUAGCCCCUCGUUUGACACAUGAGAACAGAAUGAAUAGAUUAUCUUGGCGUAUAAAAACCGCCGCUUGUUCACUUUUGUAAUUACUGAAAAUAAUGUCAGUUGUAAACAAAAAGGAAUAAACUAUUUUUAAUCUACAAUUUGA